GGUAAGAUGAGAAGGCACUAAAAAGUGGGGAGAGAGAGAGGCGGUGGCGGUGGUGGCGGCGGCGGCAAUGGAUUUCCUCGCCCUCUCGCGCCGAGAGCUCCAGGCGCUGUGCAAGCGCAACGCCGUCCGCGCCAACAUGUCCAACGCGGCCAUGGCGGACGCGCUCCGGGCCCUCCCCUCGGUGGACGGGUUCGAAGAGAUCGGGACGACGGUGCCGCCGCCGGUGUCGGCGAUAAAAUCGGUGGAGGAAGUGAUUAUCGAAGAGGAGAAGAAAGACGGGAUCCCGCUUUCUCGCGGCGGCCGGGCACGGUCGAGAGCAAGGACCGCCGCGGCGGAUAGGAUGGAGCAGGAUGCUCCAGACCAAGGGGCCUUGCAGGGAAGCCAGGGGACGGGGGCACGGGAGCCUGGGGCGCCUGUGGACCGGGAAGAGGUGAUUGGGAAGGAGCAGGGGCACGGGUGCUCUCUUCCCCGUGGUGGCCGCGCGCGAGCGAAGACAAGGAAGGCUGCGUCACAUAAGACGGAGGAGGCGGUGGUGGCCCCAGAAACCUUGCAGUUGCAGGGGAGUCAGAGGACGGCUUCAGGGGAAGGUAUGGCACCUGUGGAGGCGGAAGAGGUAGCCACAGGAAAGAGACGGACGAGGAGGUCCGGGAGAUCGAAGGUGAGGAUGGCUUCGGAUCAGAAAGAGGAGGUACCGGCGGUAGCACAUAUGGAGCAGAAAGUAGUUUCAGACAAGUGCUGCAAUGAUCCUAAAGAGCAGGAAGUGGUCAUGGUAGUGGAGGAAGAGGCCACAAAGCCUGAGGAAGAUCAGAAUGUGACAAGGAGGAUGGCAGUGCAUGAGGCAAAGGAGGAGGUGCCUGCCCCAGCCUUCUUGCGGCGGAGCCAGAGGACAGUGGCACCAGAGGGCAUGGCAUCUGUGGAGGUGGAAGAGGUAGGCACAGGAAAGAGAAGGACUAGGAGGUCUGCGAGAUCAAAGGUAGCUUUGGAUCAGAAAGAGACAGAAGAGGUUGCAGUGUGGAAGGAUACAAAAGCUGAUUCUUCUGAUGUGGCCAUUGGGUCUGCAGUAGUUUCAGAUAAGAGCUGCAAUGAUCCUAAAACGCACAAAGCGGUCGUGGUGGUGGAGGAAGACAUCACCAAAGGUCAGAAUGUGACAAGGAGGCCUGCAGCGCAUGAGAUGGAGGAGGUGCCAGCCCCAGCCAUCCUGCGGCGGAGCCAGAGGACAGCGGUGCCUGUUGAGGAAGAAGAGGUGGCCACAGCAAAGAAAAGGACAAGAAGGUCCACAAGAUCUAAGGUAGCGGCAGCAUCACGGAAGGGGCAGAAAGCUGAUUCUUCUGACACAACCAUAGGGUCUGCUGAUAAGAGCAGCAUUGGUCCUAACGAGGAUGAAGUGGUUGCCAUUAUGGAGGAAGAGACCACGAAGCCACAUGAUGGUGGGAAUGUGAUAAGGAAGGCCAUGGCACACAAAAUGGAGGAGGUGCCACUCCUAGCCACCUUGCAGCAGAGCCAAAGGACGGCAGCACUAGAUGCGACGGCACCUGUAGAGGCGGAAGAGGGGGCUACAACAAAGAGAAGGAGGAGACCAAGAAGAUCUAAAGUGGCAGCAGCAGCACAGAAUGGACAGAAAGCUGAUUCUUCUGAUGCUGCCAUUGGGUCUCCGGUAUUAGUCUCAGAUCGGAGCUGUGGUGAUUUUAGGGAAGACCAACUGGUUGCGGUGGUGGAGGAACAUGUUGCAAAGCCACAGGAAGGAAUUGUAGACGAACAGGAGCAAAGCAGAACUAUUCACAAGUCUGCUUGCUCAGGAAAAAUGGAGGAUCCACCAACUGUAAGCAUCCUCCUGUCCAAGCCAGAAGCCAUAGAUGUUCAUGAUAAGGCAGAGAGUGCUGAUAAGAAGACCAUCAAGGAAGAUUGUUUCACUCUCACUUCUGAGGCUGAUCAGUCGGAUCUUCUUGUCAAUACACUUGACAGAUUUUCCAAGCCUAUGUAUGAGUUCACUGUAAAGGGGGAGAAGAAAGACGGUGAGUGUUGGUGGAUGCUUAUGUAAUUUACAUGCUGAAGCAGCUGUACGACACCAGGCCCAGUCACUAGCUGCCAACAACCAUUGAAUUAUAUGAUCC